AAGUUUUAAGGCAGCAGGUACUAACUGACCUCUGCCUGUGUAAAAGUAAUAUUUGGUUGCAUUUAAGGACUUAUUGCAGUGUAUGAUCCAGGUGUGCCUUCCAUGUCCCUUGCGAGUGGAAAACCAGCCCAAGGUAUCUAAAUGUUCUAACCUGUUCCAAACUAUGUCCUUCUAUUUUCCAGGUCUUUUAGCAAAAACUAAAAUUUUUGAUUUAUCAAAGUUAAGGACCAACUUGUUCUGUCUGCAGUAGCCAAGUGUUGCCCUAAUUGCUCUCUUCAGUCCUAUAGGAGUUUGUGAAAUAAUGACCACAUCGUCGGCAUAUAGAAGAAUCGGGAUUUUGCGAUGUGCUAGGUUGGGUGCAUGCAGAUCAGAGUUCUGUAAGAGAUCGAUCAGGGGGUUGAUAUAGAAGUUAAAAAGGGAGGGAGACAGGAUGCACACCUGCUGUGUUAAAUAAUAUCCAGUUAAGCUUCAAAUUGCAUUGCAUCUUUUGAAUCUGGAUCUCUCUUAUUAGUGGAACAGCCUAACUAAUUAUAAUUAUUGCCUUGUGGCUACAAAUAUGAAAUAUAUCAACCAGGUAGAAGGAUGAAUUCAUUUAGCUUGCUCUAUUGCAAUCCUCUCCUAGUUGUGGUGACACUCCUACACAUUAAUAAAGAGUGAUCGUCAGAUGAUAUAUUCCACCUCCUGACGCUAUAAAUGCUUCCAUUCCAAAAUCUUACUCAUUCUUAACUGGCUUUAGAUGAAAGCUUGCUUAAGCUAUGGUAAUUGCUAAAAUCACUCUCAGGCAAUAUCUGUAAUUUAGUUGAGACCUUUGUAAGUCACUGAACAUGUGGUUGUUCACUGGUUUUUCACUUCUUCAGAGCUGGUUCGUGAAAUAUUUUUUGAUUCCUUAUUUGGCAUCCAGGAAAAUAGACCUUCAUCUGGGUGACAAAGAGCCUUUCAAAGUCUGGCUGCUUCAUUUUGUGAUAAUAUGGACAUUUUAUUUGGGGAAGAUUUUUGAGAAAUUAGGCAUCUGUACUCAAAUCUGGUUUGUAAGAUUUGUAAUGCGUUUGGUGCCGCAGGUGAAGGAAUCAAAGCUCUUAAUUACAGAUACAACGUUUGAAAAUGUACCAGUAAGGAUUUAUCAGCCCCAAAAGAUAAAUCCUGGCCUAAGAAAAGGAGUGCUCUUAUUUCACGGAGGAUGUGGCAUGUUUGGAUCCAAAAAAACUUAUAGUGCUUUAUGCUGCUAUCUUGCUCGAGAAAGUGAUUCAGUGGUUGUAUAUGUAGAGUAUCGUUUAGGUCCUGAGCACCAACAUCCUGCCCAGUUGUUAGAUGCCCUAGCUACCAUCUGGUAUUUUAUGAAACACUCCAAAGACUAUGGAGUCAAUUCAAAUCACAUUGUUCUUGCUGGAGAUAGCAGUGGUGGGACAAUGGUUGCUUGGAUUUGUGAAGAAUUGGUAAAAACAGGGAACCUGCCAAAAAUCCGAGCACAGAUCUUGAUAUAUCCUUUCCUGCAGAGUAUAGAUCUCAUGCUACCAUCUUAUCUUCAAAACCAUCACGGUCCUUUUCUAACCAGAAAGCGGGUUGUAAACUUUGGUUUAAAAUUUAUUGGGAACGAGCAUGUAGACAAAGAAAAAAUAGCAAGGAAUGGCCAUGUUCCUGAAGACAUGAAGGAGAAAUUCAAGAAAUGGAUCAGUGAGGAUCUUAUCCCCAGAGAAUUUAAAGCCCGAGCUUAUGAUCGCCCAAUGGCAGCUCCAUUUUCAAAGGAACUGUAUGAAGCAUCUCGACUGAAUGAUAAGACAUUGCAGUCACCCAUUAUCAGUGAGGAUGACAUUGUAAAGCAACUUCCUGAGACCUACAUUUUGACCUGUGAAUAUGACCCACUUCGGGAUGAUGGACUGCUCUACAAAAAGCGACUAGAAGACAAUGGAGUGCCUGUGACUUGGAAUCAUGUAAAAGAGGGAGGUCAUGGAUUUAUAACAUUUAUCAACAGUAGAUGUUUUGAAUUUUCAUAUACAAAACCAGCAAUUGGAAACAUUGUUUCCUUUAUUAAAGGGCUAUAAAAACAAGGACAGCAAAUUACCCUGAAGUCGCCCAUUUGUACUUAGAUAAGGAAUAACCAAAAUAUAUUCCUUAAAUCUUUCAUUUCUAUGAUGGCUUCUUGAUAUGUAUAAAUGUAUAAAAUACAUUUCCUUGCCA